AUGAGAAGUAUAAUCAAGAUCUUAUUUAAGCGUCCUCAACUUUGGUUGUCAAGAAUUGUACCUGCAUUGGGUUAAAAGUCUAUAUUUAAAUAUAGUGCAAGUAUAAAAUAUACAAAUUAUUUAGAUUCAAAACAUUUCUUAAAUAGUAAACUCAAAACCAUUCCCUUACAGAAUUAUAAGGCAGAUUAAACUGAAAUAGAUUCCAAAGUAGACCCAACUGAUUUCUAUCUUUUUAGUUAAAUUCAACCGAUCUUUCCUAAUAAUCAAAUGAAUUGUGAGAUUAAAAUUCGAAAUUUGAAACGAAUCACUAAGCCACUUCUCUAUUCAAUUAUUUCCCCUGAUAAUGGAGAAAUAUUUACUAUAGGAAUAGCUUUAAGUAAAUCUUCCGAAAGGAAUUUAAAUGCUGAAUUAAAACUCAUAGAAUAAAUGAGAGAUGCGAAUAGACACAUUUUUACUGAUAAUCCUCUGAGCUAUACAUUUGAUAUAGAUAUUAUAUCAAGACAAGUAUGAGAAUCAAAUAUUUAGAAAAAUUAUCGAUUCAAAAUUACUAAAAUAGAAAUGACACCAGAUGGAAUAUUUGCUUAAGGAAUACCAUAUAAAGAUCGUCCAUUAACAUAAGCAGAAUAAAUAAUUGAUAUUUAACAUGAAAUUCGUAUGGUAAGUUCACUUGUACAAUAAAUAAGAAAAUUAGCAAAAUAUGAUAGAGUUGAAGUAUUUUCAGAAAUUAAAUAUUCUUUAUUGGAUUCUAGUGAAAAACUUACUCCUAAUUAAGUAGAUGAAUUAGUAUUCUAAAUUGCAUCAGGUCUCUCUAAAUUAUUAACCAAUAAUCUGAAAAUGAACACAUCCAAUUUUGUAUAACAAUUAUUAGAGAGUUAAACUUAUAUUGAUAGACUCUUUAUACUUAGAAAAUAAUUAGAGAAUAUGUCAGGAGUACUUGAUUUAGUGAAUAAACAUUUCAAAGAAGCAGACUCUUCUCUAUUGAAAUUACAUUAAUAAACUUUAGCCAAAUUAGCAACAGAAUACAUUAGAUAAAACUAUUUAAAAGACGCUUCUUAAUCUUAAUCAUAAGGAGGAACUAUUGGAACUCAAUAAUAUGGUGGAGGUGAUAAGGUACAUGUUUCUACAAUUAAUUUAAAGUAAUCAUCAUUAGUAAAAAAGUAUUUCGAUAAAUUAUCAUUAAUUACUGAUGAAUCCUCAAAAGAGAAAGUUAAACGAGAAAUUGAGAGAUUUAGUUUAUUAGACAAACAGAGUUCUGAAUUUCAUAAAAUUAAUUCUUAUUUGGAUGAAGUUUUUAGUAUUCCAUUUUUAAAAUUUACAGUAAGAUAGAUAUAUCAAUAUAAAUAGCCUGUUUAAUGGGAUAUCUAAUUUGCAAAGGAUGUUCUUGACAAGGAAAUUGAGGGUUUAGAGAAAGUCAAAGAAAGAAUAAUUGAAAUGAUAUCAGUCAAUAAAUUAAAAAAUGCAGGUUAAAAAGCAAAGGGAUUUAUUCUUUUAUUAAAUGGUCCUCCAGGUACAGGAAAGACUUCAAUAGCAAAGAGUAUUGCAAAAGCAUUAAAGAGAACUUCGAGAUUCAUUUCUUGUGCUGGAGUUGCAGAUCCUACUUUCUUUAAAGGACAUAAGCGUACUUAUGUAGACUCAAUGCCUGGUGUGUUUAUUAGAGAAUUAAUCAAAUCAAAUACUAUGAAUCCUGUAUUCAUACUAGAUGAAUUAGAUAAAGUAUCCAAAUAUCAUUCAGGUGGUGCUGAUCCUUAUUUUACAUUAUUGGAAAUAUUGAAUCCUGAAGAGAAUCAUAAUUUUACUGAUCAUUAUAUGGAUAUUAGUGUAGAUUUUUCACAUGUAAUUUUUAUACUUACUUCAAAUGAUACACUUUAAAUGUUAGAGCCCUUAAAAAAUAGAUUAGAAACAAUUGAUAUCUAAUCUUAUAUUUAAGAAGAGAAAUUAUAAAUAGCAACAAAUUUCUUAGUUAAUAAAAGUAUUGAAACUAAUGGUAUCUAACCAUAAAUGAUUAAAUAUGAUGAAUAAACAUUAACUAAAAUUAUUAAAGCAUGGUGCUAUUAAGAGAGUGGAGUUAGAGAAUUAAAGAGAUGCUUAGAAAAAAUUGCUAGAAAACAUGCAACGAAUCUAUUAGAAGCCAAUCCUAAUUUAUGUGAUAAAGUUGAUGAAUUAAAUCAAAUCAUUUUUGAUCCUAUUAGUUAAAGUUUAGAUUUAACUAAAGAUCAAAAUUUAGAAUUAAUAUCAUAAUAUUUAGGUCCUCCUGUCUUUGAUAUCUAAUUAGAAUAGAGAUCAAUUAAGAAAUUUCCACCAGGACAAGUUAACAUUUUAACUGUAGGUGGAAUGAUUGGACAUGUUUUAACUGUCGAAAGUUGUUUUGACUUAAGUGAAACAGAAAAGAAGGGAUAAAUAUUAGCUUCAGGAAAUAUUAAAUUAGUUUUAUAAGAGUCACUUAAAUUAGCUAAAAUAAAUGCAUUUCAAUUUUUGAAUGAAGAAUAGAAAUAAAAAUUAUAGAAUUCUGCAAUUCAUAUGCAUUUCACAGAAGGAGCUACACCUAAAGAUGGUCCUUCUGCAGGAAUAGCUAUUACAACUGCUUUAUUAAGUUUAGUUAUGAAUGUAGUUGUGCCUAGUAAUUUAGGAAUGACUGGAGAAAUUUCAUUAAAUGGUUAAGUAUGUAAAAUAGGUAUUAAAUACUUUAAUUAAUAGGUGGUUUAUAAUAGAAAUUGAUUGCUGCAAAGACAUUAGACAUUGUUGAUGUUAUAUUACCAUAUGCUAAUUUAGGUGAGGCAUUAAAUUUACCACAACAACUUAUCAAAGGUUUAAAUCUAUAUUUUGUUACAGAUUACAGAUAAAUUUAUGAAUUAAUAUUUGAAUAACAGAUUGCUAAUAACAAUUAUAAAAUUAAUAAAAUAAAAAAUGGAGUAUAUGAAACAGAUUAAAAUGGAAUUAAAGAACAAAUAUAAUAUACAAUUAAUUAUUGA